AUGCCCAUUGAUCGCGUCAUUGGAAGAAAAUUGUGCCCUUUCAUUGGUGUCUAUGGGGAGAAUUAUUCCCUGAUUAACACCAGGAAUAGGAUAAUUAUUCCUCCCACUGACACCAACAAUGUGGCACAAUUAUUUCAAUGAUGGGAAUCUCUUUGACAUCUUUUUUUUUCUGUUCAGCCCGUGAAUGAUAUGCCCCAUCCGUUCGCGUCAUUGGAAGAAAUUGUGCCCCUUCAAUUGGUGUCUAUGGGGAGAAAUUAUUCCCCGAUUGUUGGUAUCAGUGGGUGAAAUAGUGCCUCAAGGGCAAUCAAAAGGGCUGCCUGUGGCCCCGGGCCGCAGUUGGUGAGUUUGGAGACCAGUG